AUGAAAUUAACAUUAACCCCGUCGAAGAAAUCGAACUCGUCGACAACAGCCGACGUCGAUUCAUCGUCAACAUCCGAUUGUGAUGUUCGUAUUCGAGAAGGUACAUCGUACCAAGCCAACAUUCCACCGUUAGAACCAGCAGAAUUAGCAACUGAUCAUGAAUCUAUUCUAUUUUGGCGGCCAACAGAUAUGAUAACGGAUUCUGAUCUGCUCGAUUAUAUUGACUUUGCACGUCGUAAGCACCGUAUGAGUGAAGAACAAGCUCUGGCAAUCUUACAAAUAUGUAAAUACAAAAUCUCAACUAGCAAGCUACUUAUGCAACAGUAUACUCCCGAAAUCGAUGAAUGGACUGCAGAAGAAAAAUGUCUAUUCGAACAAGCGUAUAAAUUCUAUGGUAAAAUGUUUUCUCGCAUUCGACAAAUGUUGCCUGAUAAAAGCGUCGGUGAUCUCGUACGAUAUUAUUAUUCAUGGAAAAAGACACGUUCACAUAAGAGUUUAAUGGAUAAACAUGAAAAGCAAAGUCAACUAAUGUCUCGUGACGAUGAAAGUGAUGAAGACGAUCGAGAUACACCAUCAAUACCAUUACCAACGAAGGAUUUAGAUCAUCGAGGAAAGCCAUCUGCAGAUCAAUCUGGUUUCGAUGAACAGGAAUGUUGUAACUGUGAAGUGACAAACAUCAAUGGUAAUAUUGGACCUAUGCAUUCAACUCCUAAAGGUGUGCUCUGUGAUGCUUGCUAUCUCUACUGGCAUGAAUCGGGUUUGAUGAGACCAGAGCUAUAUCCAAGUAAAUCCACAUUUAGAAAAAUCAAACGACCACCGAAGAAUAUGUCCUUGGAUUUGGACAGUUUGAUUGCGAUGAAUUCCUAUGAUAACAUGUCGAUAUCGAAUUCAGAUGUCAACGAAAUUCUUGAUCCUAUCGAUAAAUUAGAAGAAGAUAUUCAUCGUGAGUUAGAAACCAUCCAGAAAUAUAAUCAAUCGAUUGAAAUUUUAACAAAUCAAACUGACAAUCAGAGAGAAUCAAUGAUUGCUCCACCAGUCACUCCGCCAGCAACAUUGAUAACAGACAAUGCCGAUAUCACACCCACAUCAACGUGGUCAACAGAUGAAACUCUACUUGCAAUUCAAGGCUUUGGCAAAUAUGGUAAAGAUUUCGAUGCUGUUGCACGCAUCGUCGGUCCGACAAAAACAGUUGCUGAUGUCGAAUCAUUUUUUCUUGAAUACCGAGAGCGUUAUCAGCUUGACUCAGUUAUUGAAAUCAAUUCCAAACCUAUAACAAAUUCUCAACGCAAACAAACAUCCACAGCUAAUAAUGACAUUAAUUCGAAUCGAUCAAACUCUAAUGAUGUUGUCGUUGUUAGUUAA